UUUCGUGAAUUCGUGUUGAAAUGAUGAAAUACAGUUCGGACAUGGCUUUCGGAGAAGCACAUGGCGCCACGUUGUUGUAGUAGAGAGCCCCAUCAGCGAUGACAUCGAUGACGGUUGUACGAGAGCAGUGAUGAUGGCUCGCCUUGGUAGUAGUGGUGUCGCGUUGCAUCCUCACGUCCAUGAUACGGUUCUGUGGUGGUGUAGAAGUGUGUAACUACUUAACUAGCAAUUAUUGGGGUUGUUGUUGCUGGUACGGGUGAAGGCGACAUUCAGGCGCGAGGGUGGGUGGUGACUGCUGCCAGCUUCCGUUCGGCACCCAACAAGGAUACACCGUCGUUCGCUCCAGGACUAACCAUUGGACCAUUGUGUGUUUGUUUGGCGACUGGCUUCGGCCCCGAAGGGCCAGGAAAAACAACGACGCUUUUGUGUGUUUCACCCCGCCCGAAAGUAUGCCAUAAAUCAUAAUGUAAUAAAUUUGUAACAAAUUUCUUCGUUCAUGUUGGGUGCUUUUGCAGUCCCGAGUAGAUUCGAACACAGUGGAAACGGAAGAAGAAAAAUACAACGAGUGAAUAGAUGAUUUUGUUUGGAAUACAAAUUUCGCAUCAUCCCAUCCGACUACAACGGGCUGUGGGUUCAGAGAUUUUUGUUUCCCCCGAUCGACAAAAAGAAAACAAAGUGAAGUGAUUCAGGCGUAAAGAAAUCCGCAAAACAAAAGCGCCUAAAUAUAUACUGCUUCGUCACACGUUAAACAUGGUAUUCAUGCCGGGAGAAAAGCCCAACAACAAUUGGGCGGGAGGAAGAUAGUGCAGUUCGGUUCAGCACCCGGGAAAGCGAUUUUCCAUUAAUGUGAUUAAUGAUGUGCGAAAGCGAUUAGUGAAAUUAGGCAAUCCUAGCACAAAGCGUCGAAAAAAAAGCGGAGCUUUACGCCUAGGCUGUUUGGAGCCCAGUCAGCCGUGAAGUUUGCUGAUGCUGCUGCCGCCUGCUCUCUGCCAAGUGAAUGUCGAUGAUGAUUUUGAUGAAAUUGUGCGUUUGAUGGCGGGAAACGAAAGCAAGCUGAAACGUGCUGAGUGAUAUAGAUAUACGGUAGAAGUGGUAAGCUUAUUUUUUUUUAUCGGCCUGAAGGAAGAAAGGUUAUAAGCUAUUACGUGAAAGUCAUCCCGAUGUUGAAAGGAGAUUGUGCGCUAUUUUUGUUCCCGUUGCCUAGUUCAGUGAAUAUGGCGAUUUAGUGCGGGAUGGGGAAACUGGAGAAGACAUAAUCGUUUAUUGUUGCUGGUGUGCUGACAUGAGCGCAGAUUGACACGGUUACGCUGAGGAAAGAAGUUGGAGAGUUGUGACAAAAAUAUAUUUCAGCUAACCCACCCUUCCGGCAAAGAGAAGAAACGCCCGACACACAAUGGAAUUCAAGCCCUCCAACACGGCCACAAUCGCAACGAUAGACAAAGGAAAUCCGCCGCUGCCGGCCGCCCUGCUGCAUCCGCCCGCCUCACCCACCAACGUCGGCUGCUGUGCGAUAGGUCGCCGAACUCCCCCGAGGCCCCCGUCGGAGAUCUACUUCGAAAGCCGUGGCAAGUGCUGUAAGAAACUGCUCCGCUACAACGGCUACCCGAACAAGGUCCUUCUGUAUCCUGAGGAAGGAUGGGCCCGUAGUGCAGCGUCCAGCUAUUGGACAAUUUCUCCGUGUCGCUGGCGAAGGAAUCGCUGCAUCGUGGAGGAGGUGGCCGGAUCGAGAAAACAAUCCACCCAAGGCCGAAUGAUCGUCGGGAGCGAUGGCGUACUGCUGAUAGUGGGCACGUUCAAAAGGCGAGUUCCGGAUCCUGAUUUCAAGCUGUACCUGUCCUCCAACAUCACCCUGGCCGACUACAACAUGGGCUACUGCCUGACGGGGACCCUCGAGCGGGGCGAUGAACGUUCGAACCAAUUCCAAACCACGCACUUUGCGGUGAUCCGACGGUGCUGGCCCGCGCACGAACCCGACUCCGGCGGCCACAAAAACCAACAUUCGUACAUCGAUUUUCUCUUCAAUCGAUGAUAGUGAGGAUUGGCGAUAUCGCGAAACACGACAAAUACGUACGAGUGCUAUACGAGGACGAGGAAGCGUAGGUGCUGCGUCCUUUAUGAUAAAAAUUGUAGAUGGUAUAACCCUCAUGAAAUGGCGAAACUAUUUAUUCAGUAAUGGAUCGGUCGGUGGAUACAUUCAAACAGAUUAAUACCAGAAAUAAAGUUGUAUUCAAAUGCAAACAGCUAAGGGAAAUGGAAAAGAAAAAUCAAACAGACAAGGUAAAAAUUGUGUACAGAGUAACAGAAAAAAAAAACGAUUUUUUAUAUAUUUGACAGUAAAUCCGUGCAUGAAAAUCAAAAUACCAUAACACAGGAAAAGCAAACAAAACCAAAAAAAUUAAAAAUAUAAAAUUGACGAUGCGGAUGGAAAUAUUUUUGUAAUAAUCGUUUUGUAAAUAGUCACAUGAUAUCCAUAUUGAAUUGUCAUGACAAAUAAUAUUGAAAAUAAAAUGAACCCAAACUGCAAACAACAGGCAAGAGGGGAAGCGUAGUGAACGGUGAAAACAUUGUAUGCUGAACAAUUUAUGGGCUUGCAUUCGGAAAUUCUCGGUCGCCUGAAAAACAUUAUUAACUUUUCAUCCCGCUGCAGCGCCAUUGUGCACACUGUGUGCUUGUUGCCAAAAAAAAAAAAAACAAUACGAUAAGCCUACAAUAAUGAUGUGCGCGGCAAAAUCUGAUUUCGACGUGGAAAAUAUUAUCAGUCAUUGUAACUGUCAGCUUCAGUGGGUGUUACUUCCAAUUUGUUUAAUUUAUAACGUCACCUCAUUUGGGAAAGCGAAGAAUGAAUCGAAUUGGGUAUUGCAAGUUACAAGCUGUUAUGUUUUGCUUUGUUACUUUUUCGUUCAAUUGAUGACAGGUGUCACUGGAGCUGAUCUGAGAAGGUCUGAUUAAAAACACAUCACUGUAGCGCAAUAUUCAUAAAUUCAGUGCCAACAUUUCAAAGGAGCGUAAUUGCAUUUGUAAAC